AUGCCUCUGCCGAGACGACGGUCUUCUUACCUGGGCCAGCCACCCCAAGCUGAGCGGACGAGCAGCCUAGCCAGCACCUCUGUGCCUCGGGGUGUCUAUGUGGGCAUGGCACCUGCCGCAGGAGCAAGUAGCGGUCUAGGUACCCGGGUCUCACGGCGGGCAAUGUACAUCAGUAGUGUCUCCCUACAGGGUCUGCGUAGCUCCACCAUCCCCGUGCUACAUCCAGCCGGAGGGGCAACUCGACAGCCGCCCUUUGAGAGCCUCAACAGCUGCCUGCUGAAGUACCGGGACAAGGUGAGGGCCCUGGAGCAGCUCAACCGACAGCUGGAAGAGCAGAUCCGACACUGCCUGGACCGAAAGGUGUCCAGCCUCGGCAGCUGGGAUUCACUGCGGAGUGAGUGGGAGGACAUUUACGGACAGGUGACCGAGGCCAUUCUCGACAAUGCGCGGCUCAUGCUGGAAACGGAGAACAAGCAGGCCAGUGCUGAAGACUUCAAGGACAGAUAUGAUCGUGAGCAGCCCUUCCGCAAGGCGAUGGAGGAGGAGAUUAGCUCUUUGUACAAAGUGAUUGAUGAUGCCAACCUGGCCAAGAUGGACCUGGAAGCUCAGACUGAGAGCAUGAAAGAGGAACUGAGCAACCUGGCCAGGAACCAUGAAGAGGAUGUGAAAGUGUUGUACAAGCAGCUCAUGGGCAGUGAAGUGGAUGAGCCAGAGGAACCCAUCAAAACGUCUCUGGAUGAGAUCUUAGGAGACAUCCGUUCCCAUUGGGAGAAGGCCAUUGAGAAGAACCGGGCUGAGACUGACACCUACCUGCAAGACAAACAGGCUGAGAAGCUCAGCUGCCAAUUGAGCCAAGAGGAGGAGCAGCUAGAGAGCCUGAAGUCUGAGUGCAACAAUGCCAGCUGCAAGAUGCAGAGCCUGCAAGCUCAAACAGAGUCACUGAGGGCACUGAAGCGAGGCCUGGAGAAUUCCUUGAGUGAUGCCAAGCUUUGGCAUGGCAUUGAGCUGCAGAACCUCAGGUCAGUGAUCAGCAAGCUGGAAGCAGAGCUGGCUGAUGUCCACCAUGACAUCGAGCAGCAGAGACGCGACUACGAGACAUUGCAGAGCAACAAAAUGCGACUGGAAUUAGAAAUGGGGACUUACCACGGUAUCCUGGAUGGGGAAGAGUGCCGCUACCAUCCCAAAAUGCUUUCUGGUGCCUCAGAAGACUCUGAAAUGCAGGAAGCCUCCACUCCAGCCCCAGAGCCUCAGAUUCUUCUGCAGGCUGCAGGGGCUUCUGAUGCUGCCAGCCAUUCACAGGAGGAGAGCUGAUGGGUGGGAUGAAGUGACACUGUGCUUCACAUCGAGCUGAGAAUGACCUGCUUAUCACACACAUGCAAUAACCCUAAGCCCUAACGCCUAAACUCUAAGCCUAAUUCCUAUGCCCUAAUGCCUAAGCUCUAAGCCCUAUGCCCUGUGCCACUCAAAA